AGCGUUUACGCACACACAGCGCACACUAAUCAACCGAGGCUCUGCUGCAACUUCUCCUGUUUGUGUUUUACGCGCCACAGAGGAAUCUCUCACCUCACUAUAGCAGCCAUGGAUGAAAUGGAGGAAGAGUUAAAAUGCCCUGUUUGCGGCUCUUUCUACCGGGAGCCCAUCAUACUGCCGUGCUCCCACAACAUUUGCCUGGCUUGUGCUCGGAAUAUUCUUGUGCAAACCCCCGAUGCUGAAUCUCCACAGAGCAGCCGAGCCUCCGGAUCCGGUGUCUCCGAUUAUGAUUAUCUGGAUUUGGAUAAAAUGAGUUUGUACAGCGAGGCGGACAGUGGUUAUGGCUCUUAUGGGGGCUUCGUCAGCGCUCCGACCACCCCUUGCCAAAAAUCGCCAAACGGGGUCCGUGUUUUCCCCCCGACUGUCCCCCAGCCUCCCCCGCAACAGCAUCUCCUCCCACAGCCCGGCUCCUUACCUCCGAUUCCCCGCAACUCCUGCAUCACUUGCCCGCAGUGUCACCGCAGUCUCAUCUUGGACGACCGGGGGCUCCGCGGAUUCCCCAAGAACCGGGUGUUGGAGGGUGUUGUGGACAGGUACCAGCAGAGCAAAGCAGCCGCUCUCAAAUGUCAGCUCUGCGAGAAGAGUCCGAAAGAGGCCACCGUGAUGUGCGAGCAGUGCGACGUCUUCUACUGCGACCCGUGCCGUCUACGGUGCCAUCCUCCCCGGGGUCCCCUCGCCAAGCAUCGCCUGGUUCCCCCUGCGCAGGGGCGGAUAAGUCGCCGAACGAGUCCACGUAAAAUCUCCACAUGCACGGAGCACGAACUGGAGAAUCUAAGCAUGUACUGUGUGCAGUGUAAGAUGCCCGUGUGUUAUCAGUGUUUGGAAGAGGGCAAACACGGCACACAUGAAGUCAAAGCUCUGGGCGCAAUGUGGAAACUGCACAAGGGUCAGCUGUCUCAGGCUCUCAAUGGCCUGUCGGACCGAGCCACAGAGGCCAAGGAGUUCCUGGUCCAGCUGAGAAACACAGUGCAGCACAUCCAGGAGAACGGAGUGGAGUUCGAGGCCUGUUUGGUUGCGCAGUGCGACGCCCUCAUCGACGCUCUGAACCGGCGCAAGGCUCAGCUGCUGUCUCGAGUCAACAAAGAGCACGAACACAAGCUGAAGGUUGUUCGGGAUCAGAUCUCUCACUGUACAGUGAAGCUGCGUCAGACCACAGGCCUGAUGGAGUACUGUCUGGAGGUUAUCAAGGAGAACGACCCAAGUGGUUUCCUCCAGAUCUCUGACGCUUUGAUUCGGAGGGUCCACAUGACAGAGAGCCAGUGGGGGAAGGGCACCCUCACCCCGAGGAUGACCAGCGACUUUGACCUUACUCUGGACAGCGGACCCCUCCUGCAGACCAUCCACCAGCUGGACUUUGUUCAGAUGAAAGUCCCAGCUGCUCCCAUGCUCCAGCUGGAGGAAUGCUGCACUCAAAACAACAGCGCCACGUUGUCAUGGAAACAGCCGCCGCUCUCCACCAUCACCGUGGAGGGAUACAUCCUGGAGCUGGACGAUGGAAAUGGGGGGCCGUUCAGGGAAGUGUACGUGGGGAUAGAGACCAUCUGCACGGUGGACGGGCUCCACUUCAACAGUACGUACAAGUCCAGAGUGAAGGCCUUCAACGCCAGCGGAGUGGGACAAUACAGCAAGACGCUCAUCAUGCAGACCUCUGAGAUCGCUUGGUUCACCUUUGACACCGCCUCCGCCCACCCGGACAUCAUCUUCUCCAAUGACAACCUGACGGUGACGUGCAACAGCUACGACGACAGAGUGGUGAUGGGCAACUCCGCCUUCUCCCGUGGCGUGCACUACUGGGAGAUGACCGUCGAUCGCUAUGACAACCACCCUGACCCAGCCUUCGGGGUCGCACGGGGUGACGUCCUGAAGGAUGUGAUGCUGGGGAAGGACGACAAGGCCUGGGCCAUGUAUGUGGACAACAAUCGCUCUUGGUUCAUGCACAACAACUCGCACACUAACAGGACGGAUGGUGGCAUUGGCAAAGGAGCCACAAUAGGAGUACUGCUCGACUUCACACGCAGGAUCAUCAUCUUCCUCAUCAACGAUGAGCAGCAGGGUCCGGUGGCAUUUGAGGGCUUGGAGGGCGUCUAUUACCCCGCUAUUAGCCUCAACCGAAAUGUCCAGGUCACCCUCCACACUGGUCUACCCAUCCCUGAUUUCUACACCCCCGGAGAGGCUGAUCCAACCGGCUCCGUGUGCUAAAGACUCACCACCAGUUGCCCAGGGCUCAUCCUGCCAGUCCCACCCUCCCUCGCCCCCCUUGUCCCCCUAACCCACUGACCCCAUGACUCUCUGCAAGGGGCCCAUCCAGCGCUGAGCCAUGCCUUGAUCAUGCCUAAACCUUGGACUCAUGGACCAUCCGCAGGACUCUGGCGUGAAACGGAUCUUGAUGUGAUACAGAUAAGCUCUCGUUGAUGAAACCAAACUAUGAUCUUGAGCCUGAAAGAGGACGUUGUUUUUUAAAAAAGGUCGACUUAGAAAAAGGAACUCA